AUGGUGACACCAUCGACGGUCAAGGUCAAGGUCGAGUUUGGCGGCGGCACGGAGCUGCUGCUUGCCCCACCGCACGAGAAGAAGCACGUGCUGACGCUGCCGAGCGUCGACGAGGCGGGCAAGGCGACCGACGUGGCGGACCUGAUCCAGUACAUCCGCAAGAACCUCAUCACUGAACGCGAAGAGCUGUUUGUCGAUGGCGACUCGGUCCGACCUGGCAUCCUGGUGCUGAUCAACAACAGCGAUUGGGAGCUCGAGGGCGAGGUCGAGUAUGUACUUCAGGACGGCGACGAGGUCGUCUUCAUCAGCACACUUCACGGAGGCUAG